AUGGGCUCGUCCAGGGAGCCGAAGACCACCAGCUCGUGGCACGUGGGGCUCUUCACGGUGUGCUCGGUGCAGCGGCUGCUGCCCUUCACGCGGUACCGGGACUCGGCCGCCCACCGGCGGGGCAUCGUGGGCGCGCUGCGGAACUGCUGCUUCGAGCACGAGUACCACGAGUGGCUGCUGGGCGACGAGGUCGACAUCCUGCCCUUCCUGCUGCUGCCUCUGGCGGGCCCUGAGGAGUUCCCUGAGGACGAGAUGGAAAGGCUGCCCGUGGACCUGCAGUACCUGCCACCGGACAAGCAGCGGGAGGAAGAGCCCGACAUCCGCAAGAUGCUGCUGGAAGCCGUCAUGCUGCCUCGUUUCCUCGGCAGCUCACGGCCACCAAGGCCGGCCGGCACACCGUCAGGGAGAAGGGCACCUACCUGGUCCUGCGGGAGCUGCACCGCUGGGAGCGGGAGCCCGACGUGCUGGCUGCCUGCGAGAAGCUCAUUCAGGGCGCGGAGCCGAGCCCCGGCCCCCUCUCGGGACGCGGCGGGGCCCAUGGCCAACGGGGCCGCGCCGCCCGCCCGCGUUUCGGAAGCAGAAGCCGGGCCGGGGGCCGCCCGCCCGCCGGGGGCCGCCCGCCCGCCUGCCCCUCGGCUCCUCGGGCCGCCGCCGACCGCGGGCGGCCCGCCCCGGGCCGGAGAAAGCGGCUGCCGGUAA